UUCUCCUAUACGGACAAGUGGAGUGUACUAAUUUAUCGAAAAUAAUCACGGAUACUCAGCUCCGCUCCCAUAAUUUCGCACCGAGUGAACGAGACGUGACAAUAAUCCAUGUAAAUGAGCUGAAUCCCGCGAAAAUGAGCUCGCUACAGCAAGGGAACAGAUUUCUGCCGUUCUCGAACAAUAAUUUACAAAGAAAACAAUUGUCCAUGCAAGGUGGUCUUCCCCAAAGUUUGAGCGGCAGCGAAACUGAUGUUUCUACGUCCAACGAAAAUCUGAGCAACGAAGAGAGAUAUGUCAUAAGGCAUACGGCUCGGCAAGAGCCACAGGGUCAAGAAAAUCAGCAACAGAGUCCCUCCAGAUCUUCCAGUCACAAAGAGAAUAUACCAAAUAUUCAGGGCAACCUACAUAACAGGAAUAGUCUGAAAGACAGUUUAAACGGAUCUAACAGGAACAGUUUAAAGGAGAGCUUGAACGGUUCGAAUCGGAACAGCCUGAAGGACAGCAUUAAUGGAUCCAAUCGGAAUAGUCUGAAGGACAAUUUGAGCAAUCGCACCAGUGGUUCAAAUAGGAGCAGCCUGGACGUCUCAACGAGUUCUUACAACACAUUAAUUAUACAUAACGCUAACGACGAUAACUCAUGGAUUCCAUCUGGAAGAUUAUCGGGCAUAGUAAGAGAACAUGGAGAUGUGGGUUACUUGUACUGCGAUGGAAAGGGCCAUUCCAACAGUCCUACAAUACAGUCCUUGUCCAAUUUGCCGCACGAAGAUUACGUCCACGAUCAAUCAGGUGGAGGUUGCCAAGAAAUUACGGAUAUCCCGGAUGAUUAUCUUAAUCAAUCUCAGGUCUUGAAACAUCUAGCAAAAGAGGUGAAAGUGCCACCGUAUCCUAAUAACAGUGGUAGUUUAGAAAUGAGAUUAGGAGAGAUAAGAAUAAGAGACGGUGACAGGGGAAAGCAGAACGACAGCGAGUACGAAGGCAGGUCGACACCGUGUUACGUACCCCCGUUGUUCAAAAACAAACACAGGCUCUUCGGACCAACGGAAAAGCUGACUGUAUCGCGAUCGCAACCAGAUCUAUCCAGGAUCAAGACGGACAUCGAUAAUUACAAACUUCGGACAAUAUCGCCCCGACCUCAGACCAAAGGACGGGAGGAAUUGGAAAGGGAGACGGGCGAGAUAUGGCCGUCGUCGGAGAUGAUUCAGAUAGUAAUCCAGGAGAACAGCAUGUUGAAACUCGAGCUGGAGCGCUGCUACAACAAAGUUGCCAAGACGCAGAAGCUGGAGCAGGAGAUAGCGAAAGUGCAUCGUGUUCACGAAGAGCUUGCAGCAUCUUGUGAACGACGGGAGAAGCUGGAGCGUGCCGCUCGAAUGAAACUGCAAAACGAAUGCCGCCGUUUGACUGAGCUGAAUCGCGCAUAUAGAGACCAGAUCGACCUGCUAUCCGUGCGCACAGAUAGCCCGCCGAUCGUCGACACAUUGCGGAAGGAAUUGUCGCAACGCGAGCUACUCAUUGGACAACUCCUUUCUCAAAACAAAGAAUUGACUAAUGCGAAAGAAAGGCAGGAAAUUGAACUAACGGCCCAGCGGGCCACUUUGCAGGAACAACGUACGCAUAUCGACAUUCUGGAUACCGCCCUAACGAACGCACAAGGCAAUGUUGUGCGGCUUGAAGAAGAAUGUCGAAAGAAACAAAUGUAUGUGGAGAGAGUGGGCCAACUUCAGCGGGCCUUGUCUUCGCUUCAAGCGUCUAGCGAUAGACGAGAAGAGACCGAGAGACAACUGAGAGGUCAGCUGGAAAAGGAGUUGCGCGAAGGUGGCGGUGGUGGUAACUGCAACGAGCAGACAUCGAGCGGUGAAACGAUCGCGGAUCUGAAACGACGAUUACGUGAAAGGGACGAGAAGAUCAUGUCACUCGAAGGCGACGUUGCAAAGUGGGAACAACGCUACCUCGAGGAAAGCGCGCUGAGACAAGCAGCUAUCGAUGCUGCCAGUUUACCAAAAGACGCAAAGAUCGCUGCUCUGGAAAAGACCAGUCAGGACGCAGAAAAAUUAAUCGCCGAGGCUCGUUCGGAGAAGAUGAAACACAUGGACGAAGUACAUGCCGCGCAAAAGAAAUUGGCCGAUCUCGAAUCUAGAAUGAAGGAUCUGGAGUCCAAGUUAGCCGAGAGAGACGCUAUGAUCAAGGUGCUGCAAAAGCACACGUACGACAAAGCGGACAGCAGUAGCAGCAGCGGCGUGGGCAGCUAUCCCGCCGCGCAUUCGUCUCACUCAAGUACGUCGGCGGAUCAUCAUACCGCACUGACAAGCACACCGGAACUUGUGAGCAGCGUACUCGGUGGUGGCAGCGGCUACGGCAGCACCGGCUCCUAUGGCGUUACUGACAGUUAUAAGUAUAGAAAGCAAGGCAGCUUUGAGCAGACUAAUAAGAGUCUUGAUGAUCAACUGAAAGAGCUAGAUUCUCAGCUGCUUAGCAAGCGGGCACUUUGCUGUUUUCCAGGAUUCUCUAAUCCAGGCACUGCGUCGCGAAAAGGAAAAAUACCCAAGCCACUACCGACCGAGGAUAUGAUGCUGCUCGAGAAGCAGGGUAGAAGCUCGCAGCGGCAACGGAUGGCACCUCCGGAAAUAGGCGGCGAGCCACGUCGCGCCGGGAGUUUGCCGCCCAGCUCGUUACCACGACCGCCGAGGGCACUCAAGGCGACCAGCGCCAACUCUCGCUACUGUCGUCUGAGCGAUACGGAAACGCGCAAGAAGUCGGACCCCGGACCGGGGAUGCUGGACACGUCAUCCGUGACGGGCGGCGCGGUCAGUGGCGGCGGCGUGAAGAUGAUCCGCGACUCCUCCGGCAACUGCAGCAUUGAGUACGGUAGAUUCGACACCGGUGCCGCCGUCGCCGCGAAGGCGUCGCGCAGCAAGAAGAAGAACUCCAUGGAGAGCUUCAUGACGAACAGCUCGUUGAAGAAAUCAUCGGUCAGCUCAGAGAUGACGAGCGGCGGGGGUGGUGGCGGCGGUCAUGAGUACGAAAGGCUGCAGUCUGACACGAUCAUGAUCAGUAAUCGUAAGAAGUCGGUCGGCUGUGCGUUGGAAUCGGCGGUGCGGCACAGGGAGAUGCAGAGCCGCUCGUUCAUACCGCCGCCGUCGUCUCGCACCCGCAUAGGCGAGUAUGGUCGUCUGAGCGAUGGCGAGUCCUCGGUAGCGGCGGUGGCGGCGGUGGCAGCUGCUGUUCUCAAGGGAGGCGGUAACACCUUGAGGAAGCAGACGGGAGCGGGCGACUCGUCCCGCGGACAAAGCACCGGCAGCACCGUGAGCAGCAAGAGCGGCCGCGACUCUGGCGGCACUGCCAGCAGCGAGGCGUCCACGGCCUCCCUGCCGCCGACUAAGGCCAGGUCGAUACCGCGUCCCGGCAAUUACCGCAUUCAAUUCUGAGCGGCCUGUAUUUAUGCGCGACACCUGGACCGAGGAUCCAGUCUCGGCCGAAGGACCAAUCUCGGUCGGAACUGCCUAAGUAGCACAUGUUGAUUCAUUACGACUUUUAUAUCCGCCGGCAGUGUUAGACUUUAAAGGCACAAUCGAUUUUUUAU